AGUAAAUAACUAGUGGUCUUCGGGGGUGCAACGGCUUAUGGCUAACGUGCGCGGGUUCUAAUAGGUAGAGCAACUAAUACCCUGUUGUUCGUUGUCUGGUACUUUUUCCUUGUAAUAAUUACUUGUGGAACCAACCAACAGUUGUCUGGAAGAGAUAGGUAGAUCUUCAAGUGAUUGAUAAUUAUAUUGUGGUGCCCGGUAGUGAUCACGACGCGCCCAAUUUUGUUCCUUUUUGAUCGAGAUGAUAUCACGUAAAGAUUAGUGACGAGCGUCAACUAUAAUAAAAGCACUCCAACCUGGCCUCUGGUAGGGUACUCGAGAAGCGUUUGGUUCAGUUUAUUUCUAUAGCGACAUCGUGGCAGUUGUAUUAUUUGUUUGUAUCGUGUGCCAUUCAACUCCGCAUCGAGAGCAAUAAUCACUCGCUGUUAACGUUGGAGAACCAUGGGCUGUGCUUCAUCGAAAUCAAAAUCCCCCAAAGCUUCCAAUGGGGAUAUUACGGCCAAAGUCACUGGAGGUAGCUCGGCGGAUGAUGGCUACGUCGAGGACUUCAUUUGCAACGAGAAUGACGUCGGCGAAAAUGAGAUGAAGGCCUUCGAGUUGGACGGCGGCAAGGUGCUAUUGGUCAAACAAAAAGGCAAGUUGUCGGCCAUCGGAAACAAGUGCUCCCACUAUGGGGCGCUGCUGUCGACGGGUGCACUGGGCGAGGGCCGUGUGCGUUGUCCGUGGCACGGAGCAUGCUUCAACCUCGAGACGGGAGACAUCGAAGACUUUCCGGGUCAGGAUUCCCUGCCAUGCUUUAAGGUCACCGUGGAGCAAGGACGGGUGAAAAUUCGCGCCAAACGCUCGGAGCUUCAAUCGGGCAAACGUACUAAAGCGAUGGUCAAGAUGUCCAAGGAAGACGAACGGACGUUCGUGGUAAUCGGUGGAGGUCCGUCGGGUGCCAUCUGUGCCGAAGCCUUGCGCCAAGAAGGCUUCACCGGACGUGUUAUCAUGAUCAACAAGGAACCGUGCCUGCCGUACGAUCGCAUUCUGGUGAGCAAAACGAUGGACUUUGAUCUGGAGAAAAAACUACUACGAGACGAAAAGUUCUACGCUGAAAACGAGAUCGAGACCAUGAUAGGGACGGCGGUUACCUCGCUGGAUAGCGCUGGGCGCGAGUUGACGCUGAGCAAUGGGUACAAAAUCAAGUUCGAUAAGGUGUACAUUGCAACGGGAUCCAAGGCGAGGAAAGCUCCGAUUGAAGGUGCCGAUCUGCCCAAUGUGUGUGUUCUGCGGUCAAACGCUCAUUCCAAGCACGUGAACGGCCAGUUGAGUCCGGACAAACACGUGGUGGUUCUGGGAGUUAGUUUUAUUGGGCUCGAAGCAGCGGCGUAUUGUGUUAACAAGGUAGCUAAAGUAACAGUUAUAGGGCGAGGAGCUGUUCCGCUGGUGGAAUCCUUCGGUGAACAAGUGGGGUCGAAGGUGAUGGCAUGGUUCAAGGAAAAGGGCAUCCACUUCAUAAUGAACUCUGGAAUCAAGCGUUGCAUUGGAGAUGACGACCGGAAGCUGACCUCGGUUGAAUUGAACGAUGGAUCCAUUUUGAAGGCAGAUCUCUGCAUCAUGGGUAUAGGAUCAACUUUGUAUACGACCUUCUUGGAGGGAUCAGGUGUUAAUGUUAACAAAGAUGGAUCUAUUAACACAAACCAUUUCUUGGAAACGAAUAUCCCUGGCAUCUACGCAGGAGGAGACAUUGCGAAUGCACCAGUGUUCUGCAAUGACAACCAACUUGCCACCAUUGGUCACUAUCCCUUGGCUCAGUAUCACGGCAAAGUGGCUGCUUUGAACAUGGUCGGAAAGGCCACCGAGGUAAGAUCAGUUCCCUACUUCUGGACCAUGCUUUUUGGCAAAGGCUUCCGAUAUGCCGGAUACGGAAGACCUCACGAGACCAUCAUCGAAGGAGACCUGGACCAAUUGAAAUUCGUUGCCUUCUACCUGAACGCCAACGGAAAAGUGAUCGGAAUGGCAUCAUGCGGGCGGGAUCCAGUGGUGUCCCAGUUUGCUGAGUACUUAUCCCAAGGAAAAACACUCCACAAAGAUCAACUUAGUCCGGAUCCAUUCUUUUGGACCAAGUGAACUUCAUUAUUUUUAAAGUGCUUCAAAAGCGCGUUAGCAGUAUUAAAUUUAGGACCAUGUUCUUUCGUUCCAUCUCGAAGCAGAUGCGGCCACUGUUACGUUGAAUUUGUAUUUAUUUGUUAUGUACAUACGAAAUCCCUAGUAAAUGUUUUUCACCUGGAUGUGCAAUAAACAGAAACAUGGAAACUAA